UAUAGCAGCUAGAUAGACCAUGUCAAGCUAUGUGGAUGCAACGAGCGGCGCUGUGGAUCAUUGCCAACUGAUGGCUCAGCAACAGCCCGAUCUGGCGGCCGAUUACUACAAGAUUGCGAGCAGUUGCAAGGAAAAGCUGUGGCAUCAAUUGACUCUUACCAUUCUGGACUUGGUGUCCAAGCCGACGACGACUCUUCGCAGCACUCCAGAAGGCACGAAUUCGUAUUUGGCAUUGUACGACAAGGUGGUUCUCUCGAUCGACACCAAGUUGAACCCGUUGAGUUUGGCACGGAUUGCGUCGUAUGUGGCCGCGUCCUUGACGGCCAAGACGAGCGAUGAAAAAGACACCACCGCCGCCAAGGCCGUUCUAGAGAAUCUGCUCGCCAACAAAAAAGACACGCUGGGAACUCCGGCCACCAUCUUUGUCCAAUCCAAAUUGUCGCUGCUGUCGUUGAAUGCCGACGACAAGACGAAACUCGAUCAAAUCAAAACCAUUGUCAAAUCCAAUGGCGAACUCUUGAAAGAAAUGAUUGAUGCCCGCGACACGUCCGAAUCGGCCAUUGUCCACUCGGCGCAUUACGAAAUGGCCAUGACCUACUACAAAGUCGUCGGUCCACCGGAAUCCUUUUACGAUCAAGCCAUGAGUUUUCUCAAUUACGCGCCACUCCUCGAAACAACCGACGACGCCAAGACUGCCUAUUAUCAUCAACUCGCCGUCGAUUUGUGUUUGGCCGCACUCACGGGCGAAGGUGUCUACAAUCUCGGACAAGUCGUCAGUACGCCCGUACUCGCCAUGCUAGCGAAUACACCCGAAAGUUGGUUGGUGGAUAUGCUCAAGGCAUGUGCCAAAGGACAGGUCGUCGAAUUCAAUACGCUCACGACACAAUACGCGGAUGCCAUUGCCAAACAACCCGCGCUGGUCCAUCGCGCCACGGCUGUCAAGGAAAAACUCACACUGUUGGCAUUGGUCAAUCUCGUCUUUGAAAAACAUUCGUCCGAACGAACCCUGGGCUUUCAAGAAGUCGCCGAUCGUUUGCAUAUUGACAUUCUGCAAGUCGAGUGGGUCAUUAUGCGAGCACUCUCGUUGCAGUUGAUUGAAGGAAGUAUGGAUCAAGUCGAUCAAACUGUGUCGGUUACGUGGGUAUUGCCACGUGUCUUGGAUACUACCGAGCUGCAAGCAUUGGCAGGACGGUUUGGAGAAUGGGCCGUCAAAGUCAGCAAGACCAAGGAUUAUAUGCAAGAACAGACACCCACGUUUGCGUGAGUAUGUAUAGCAUGCAUGAACAAUGCAUGAAGUGCCAAAUCUAUCGGGUUGUUUGGCAUGUCGAUUGAAGAUUCAUUCCUUCAGAGAGAAUAAACACUAAACUUUUACGUUGCACUCU